GAAGAUUUCCGGAAGAGGGUCUGCGCAUGCGCUCCGGUGCCGGUGCAGCUUUAUUCCGUUCAUCCGGGAGCCGAGACCAUGGCGGAGAUCAUUGAGCAGCAUAUAGAGGACCGACUCCCGGAGCUGCUACAGCUGGAGCGGGUCGGGCUUUUCACGCGCAAGGAGAUUAAGUCUGUCAUUAAGAAGGCCUCAGCACUAGAAUACAAAGUACAAAGAAGAGCUCUUUUUAAGGAAGACUUUAUCAAUUAUAUCCAAUAUGAAAUCAAUCUUCUGGAACUGAUCAAGAAGAGAAGAGCACGAACCAGAUACGUAUUUAAGAAGGAGGAGAUCGAGUUUUCGAUUGUGCACAGAAUACAGAACCUCUUCCGUCGAGCCACGGCCAAGUGGAAGGAAGAUGUUCAGCUCUGGCUUUCUCACAUAGCCUUUUGUAAGAAAUGGAAUAACAAAACCCAAAUUAGUAAAAUAUUCUCUUCCUUGUUGGCCAUUCAUCCAAACAAACCAGCCUUGUGGAUCAUGGCGGCCAAAUGGGAGAUGGAGGAUUGCCUGUCUUCAGAAAGCGCCAGGCAUCUCUUUCUGCGGGCGCUGCGUUUCCACCCAGAGUCUCCCAAACUUUAUCAAGAGUAUUUUAGGAUGGAGCUAAUGCAUGCUGAGAAGCAGAGGAAAGAGAAGCAGGAAUUUGAACAAGCAAAAAUGGAUUUGGAUGAACUCGAUUUUCCAGAAGAAAUCCUAAAUGGUGGCUUGGCACGGAUUGUUUAUAAAGAAGCUGUGAGUAAGAUCAAAGGUGCUGAAUUUCAUCUCUCACUACUCUCAAUUGCAAAGUUAUUCACUUUUGCUCGAGAUCUUCAGCAGGAGAUGUAUGACCACCUGCAGGUUCUGCAUGCCGGGGAUCCCCUCACCUGGGAUUUUGUGGCGCGUCGAGAGCUGGAGCUGGAGUCCCAGCUGCCUGGAGAACUCGCGUCCAAACAAAGGAAAGCCGAGGAGGUGGCCCGCAGGGAGGAGCGCUGCUGUGCCGUCUACGAGGAGGCCGUGAGCUCUCUGGCCACAGAGGCCAUGUGGAAGUGUUACGUCACCUUCUGCUUGGAGCGAUUUAACAGGAAAACGAAUAACAAGAAGCUGAGAGAGAAGAGGCAGGAGCGGGCCAUGGAUGUGUUCAAGAGGGCGCAUGAAGCCAGGCUGCUGUCUGAAGACCUGUACCAGCAGUGGCUUGAAUUGUUGCUGGGCCUGGGCCUCACUGAGGUUGCUCUGGGAGCGGCCCUGGCCAUGACGGACUGCUGCCCAGACUCGGCCGCCAGGUGGCAGCUGCAGCUGCAGGUGCUGAUCAGGUUGGAGAGCAGCGAGGUUGAUGAGCGUUUUGAGGCAGCCAUUCAGCACCUGAGGGCCAAGGAUUGUUUGCCGUUGUGGAGUUUGUGGGUGGAGUGGAGCGAAGGGGCCCACAGUGAAGCAGACACAGAAGCCCUCUUCCAGAAAUCUCUCCUUGCUACUGUCCCUGCUGACUCUGUGAUCAUGAAAGAGAAAUACCUCGACUGGGCUUACCGGACCGGUGGCCACAAGAAGGCAAAAAAAGUCUUUAUCAGUUUACGUGAAAACCGCCCAUUUUCAGUUCAGUUCUUCAAGAGGAUGAUCCAGAUUGAAAAGGAGCAGGAAACCUGCAAGAUGUUGAACUUAAGAGAAUACUAUGAGAGAGCCUUGAGAGAGUUUGGUUCUGUGAAUUCAGACCUGUGGUUGGAUUACAUCAAGGAAGAGUUGAACCACCCUUGCGGCAAACCAGAGAACUGUGGGCAGAUCCAUUGGAGAGCCAUGAAGAUGCUGCAGGGAGAGCUGGUGGAGGAGUUUGUGGCCAAAUACACUUUACUCCAGAUUGGCCAGUUAUAGGAAGAGCCAGCAGCUGGACUUGUGGACUCAUUUAUAAACCCCUGUGGUAGAUUUACAUUCUCGGUAGAUCUAUCAUUUGUACAGAGAUGUCUGCCUUUGAUUUACAGUAAAUAUCGAACUCUGCUGUCUGACUUCUAA